CUCUCUUUUCUCUUUUACAUUGAGUGGUGGUGAUAGCUUCACACGAUCAUUCAUUAAACACUAAACGGACUACGGAUUGACUGCUUACGGAUUAAGCCUUGCAAGAUCCGGUAUUACUAUCCUGACAAACUGCCCUAUACACGGUCGAAGUAUUCCUAGACAGCGCAACCGGACUUUCUCCCACUACCGGAGAGCCGAUUCCAUACCUCUCACCCUCUCUAAACCCAAACCCACCGAUUAAUUCGCCCGACAGGGCACCACCGCCAAAAAUGGGCAUCGCCAACGUAAUAAACAUGUGUUCGCACCUCCAAAACGCCUCCCGCGCACGGCUAGGCCUAACCUCGGUCCCGCACACGAAAUACAACCUCUCCGUCGCCCUAGCCCUACACCGAGCCGGUUUCCUCUCCUUCGUCACCCGCGGCGGUCCCUACCCGCCCGACCCCGCCACGAUAUCAACAUUCGAGCCCGAACCCCUGACCACGGCCAAUGUAGCGAAGCAGAGACUGUGGGUGGGGUUAAAGUAUAACGCGAAUAACGGUGGAGAACCCGUGUUGAGGAAAAUAACGGCGAUUACGAAACCGAAACGCCCGGUUACUGCCAAAUUAGAGAAGUUGGAGAGGAUUGCUAGGGGUGUAGAUGCGCAUCCACAUCCUGGUUUGAAUUUGGGAGAAUGUCUUUUCCUAGCUACGGAUUUAGGCACGUUGGAGAUUCGGGAGGCUGUUGAGAGGAAAACUGGUGGCUUGAUGUUAUGUCGGGUGAGCCCGUGAUCAUGCGGUUCGAGAAAUGGGUUGGAGCAAAGCUUAGUAGACUACGUACGAAACAUUGGGUGCGACCCGCGGAUAAAGAAGGUGUUAAAUGUCAUCUGGAUGUCUCUUAGGCCAACGGUUGAGAGGGAGGACGAGAAGCAUAGGGUAAUCCUCUCAAGGAUUGAAGUCAAACACAUAUUCGUCGUCAGAGCUGUAUGGUGUCUUGAGUAGGCCACAUUCAUAUUUCGAACGAAAGGGUUAUCAAGGAAUCAAAGACACAUAACCAUCUUAUCAUAACGGACGAAGUGGGCUGAAGGUGGUGGAUGACAUGUGUAUAUGAUUUCUAGAUUUAAGUGCCUAUGAAUCUAGAUGUAUUAUAGGCGCUUAUAUGUAUCAAAUGAAAUAUCCGAUGAACACUACUCAACUACAUAUAAACAAG